AAAAGAAAGUGCUAUUUUUUUGAGAAGCAGAAUUAUUCGUAUGAAACAAUAGGUGUGAUUAAAUGCCUGAACCAUCGUAAAGUCGACGGCGAUGGUAUUUUCCAAUAUUUAAACAAAUCUACUGGAAAAUCAAAAACGUAAACAAGUUUCAAUAAAAAUGCCACGAGGAAAGAAACGUGGUAGUAGGGGAGGAAGAGGCAGAGGCAGACCUCCGGCAAACCCAUCAGCAGUUACUUUGAAGGUUGAUGGAUCAGUUAAGAAAAUUAAAUUAGAACCUCAAGCAAGCAGCACAUCUUCAAUAUUUGGUUCUGAAGAUAUCAUUUAUGGAUCAAACUUUGAUGUGUUCCAAGAAGUUAUUGUGGAAGAGGCAAUCCAGGAUAUAAAUGUUGAAAACAGUCGAUCAAAUUCACCUAUUUCAGUUACAAAUGACAGCAAUUCCAAUGAAAAUUCAUUAAGUUCAUUUUCAGCUUCAGAUAUUCAGAAUAAGUAUUGGACAAGAGAAGAUCUUACACCAUCUGAUGUACUACCUGAAAAUCUGUUUACUGAAAAUGAUGAUGAGACAAAAUCGUUUUCUCUUGACACAAACAAUUUUGACACAACAAUCAACAUAAGUGAUGGAACUGGCUUCAGCCUUAAUAGCCUUUUUCCCAUUAAAGAAGAGCCUGUCGACCCUGAACAACCAAAGUCAAGUGAUAAUAGUACAGAACAAGUGAAAAAGAUUCCAAGAAGAAAAAUCAAACAAGAGCCAAAUGAAACAGCAGCUCCAUCAAAAUUAAGGCAGAUGUCUUUGUAUGAAGAAAUGUCUCUUCUUCGCCAACUUCGACCAUUGGCGGAAAAAAAUACUCUCAGUCCUGAACUUAGACGGUUAUACAGAAAGCUAUCGCUGAGAAAUACUAGACGAUCUAUCGGUGUGGAACCAUUCAACUUCGAUAGACUUAUGGCUAAACUCUUGGGAAGAGAAUGGCUGUGUCCAACUAGCAAUAGCGAAAUGCCAAACCAAAUAGUCGGCAUUUCCAACGUCCUUGAUCGAUUCCAAAAAAACAACCUAUCGGCUGCUUUAUCGCAAACACGGCUUAAUAUUUCUUUCCGAACGAGACUCCUUGGCACAAGUGAAGACCAGAUUCCGCAAUCGUUUGUUAGUCCUUAUACGGGAAGAACUCUCAAGCCUUUCAUACGGAGAGACUACGAAUCUCGCCCUUUGAAGUUAAAGCUUCUUGAAGAAAUUCGUAGUAAAUGUGCGAGCGCUGAGAUAAGGAACUCUGUUUUGAAACCGAUCGAUUAUUGUUAUGUACAACCUCAACACAUUCCCGCAGUCAAUGCAAUUUGUAAGGAGUUUUUCUGGUCAGGAAUCGAUGUAACGGAAUGCUUGGAAUACCCGGAUUUCAGCUGCGUAGUACUCUAUGGCCACGUCAUCAUUGGAUUUGCAUUUAUGGUACCUGAUGUCUCAUACAAUGAAGCUUACGUAACCUACUUGUUCACACAUCCUGAAUGGAGAAAUGCAGGAAUUGCCAAAUUCAUGCUCUACCAUUUGAUUCAAAGCUGUAUGGGUAAAGAUGUUACCCUACACGUUUCCGCUACUAAUCCAGCCAUGAAUUUAUACCAUAAAUUUGGUUUUAAAGUUCAAGAAUUUGUUGUGGACUUCUACGAUAAAUAUUUCACAGCUGAUUCAACUCAGUGUAAACACGCUUUUUUCAUGAGACUUACAAGAUAAAGGCUACGUAACUUUCCUUGAAGGUC